GAGCUCACGCAGCCGUAUGUUUUUGCAGGCUACUGCACUGGCUGGGGAGACCCGCACUACAUGACUUUCGAUGGACUGUACUACAGCUAUCAAGGGAAUUGCACAUACGUCCUAGUGGAAGAGAUUAAUAAGAAAGUUGACAACUUCGGUGUCUACAUUGAUAACUACCACUGUGAUGCACUGGAUGCUGUGUCCUGUCCUCGAACCAUCAUCGUGAGGCACGAGACUCAGGAAGUGCGCAUUGCCACCGUCAAACCGAAUACUAUGCAAGUAGAGGUGACAGUGAACAGACAGACAGUGGCUUUGCCUUACAAAAAAUUUGGCGUGAGCAUCUAUGAGUCAGGCAUAAAUCAUGUGGUGGAAAUUCCCGAACUGAAAAUGAAUGUGACCUACAAUGGCUUGUCCUUUUCUAUCAGGAUGCCCUACAGCCUGUUUGGCAACAACACUCAAGGACAGUGUGGCACUUGCAAUAACAACACGUCAGAUGACUGCAGGUUGCCGGAUGGAACGAUUGCAGAGAACUGCGAAACCAUGGCAGAUCACUGGCAAGUUGUCGAUCCCUCCAAACCACAGUGCUCACCGGGUCUGAUUCCUUCAAGGUCACCAAGUACAACCCCAGUGCAGCCUUGCAAGGAAUCUGCCAUCUGCGAGCUUCUUAUGGGAAGUGUGUUCCAGCCCUGCCAUAAAUUUGUGCGACCUGAGAAGUACCACGCAGCCUGCCUGUUUGACAGCUGUGUGCUUCCCAACUUAGACCUGGAAUGCUCAAGCUUACAGAUCUACGCUGCCGUCUGUGCUGACCAAGGAGUCUGCAUUGACUGGAGAGGUCACACCAACGGCGUCUGCUCUUACAAAUGCCCCGCAGAGAAAGAAUACAGAGCAUGCGGUCCUAUUAGAGAGAUUACCUGCAAAUCAAGUCAAGAAAAUGAAACUUCAACUAAACAAGUGGAAGGCUGUUUCUGUCCGAAUGGAACAAUGCUGUAUGACUCUGGUGUGGAUGUCUGUGUGAAAACCUGUGAAUGCAAUACAAGCUUAUGCACAGCCAAAGCCCCCAAGUGCCCACUGGGAUUCGAAGUUUAUUCUCAUAUUCCCAGUGAUCAGUGCUGUCCUGUGUAUGAGUGUGUUUCCAAGAAGGUUUGUGUUCAUCAGAACGCUGAGUUCUUGCCUAAUUCCUCAGUCUUUGUCGAUAAAUGUCAGAAUUGUGUCUGCACUAACGAAGUUAACGCCACCACUCAGCUGAACGUCAUCUCGUGUGAACAUGUUCCAUGCGACACACAUUGUGAACCAGGCUAUGAACGUCGACCAGUGAAAGGCGAAUGUUGUGGCAAAUGCGUGCAGACUAAGUGUGUUUUACAUACUGCAAGCAAUGCCAGCCUCGUCUUGAGUCCUGGAGAGUUUAAAAACGAUCCUUACGAUAACUGCACCAUUUAUAGCUGUGUAAAUAUCCGCAACCAGUUUAUCUCUUCCACAUCUGAGAUUACCUGCCCAGCAUUCAAUGAGGACAGCUGCAAACCUGUAAGUGCACCGCUGGAUAGUCCCACACCGUGCUCCCUCCGUCAGAGAAAAGACUUUAUCGUCUAUAAGGGCUGCCGUUCCGUGGACAGAGUUGUCAUGACUGAAUGUGAAGGAACAUGUGGAACCUUCGCGCUAUACUCUGCUGAGGCCAAUUCUAUGGACCACAGCUGUACCUGCUGCAGAGAAUCGAGGACUGCUGUGAGGGAAGUGGAGCUAAAAUGCCCCAGCGGGGACUCCAUUUCGCAUAAGUACAUAUACGUGGAAAGCUGCAGCUGCCAAGACACUGAAUGCAGGCUCCCAGGAUCCAGCGAGUCGCAAAGCACAGAAGAAAAUGAGAGUGAGAGCACUCGGAACCGUAUCAAGAGGGCCAUCAGCUUAACAUCGAAAUGA